UUUUAGAUCAAAAGUAACGUUAUUAACGAACAGUUUGUUUGUUUUCUUCACUUAACUAUCGGAUCACUUCUUCGUCUUUUUCUUCUUCUUCUUCUUCUUCAAGACAUGUGAUCCGUAUUUGCAAACAAUGAACAACUAUUUGACGACCGAAACCGCUGAAGAGCUGAAUCGUCGGGAAUUUCUUCAGCAAAGACACUAUCAGUUGCAAAGCGAAUUGCAACAGAUGGCCCUCGAGUUACCGAAUGUAUAUCAACAGCGAAUGCCAUACGAGUUGUUGUCUUCGUUGGCCAACUGUUUGCUCGACAACUCGAUCGGUCAGAUCGUUAGCGGACUGAAAGACUUGCAGCACAUAACCGAACGGUCACUAUUCGAGCGAAGACAGAAAGCCGUCGGCAAAUUCAGAGAGAUGAAAGUUGAACAACAAAAGAAACACCGAUCGGCAACAGUGGAUAAGUCGAUGACAACCGAAGAGAUAGAACGCGAUGAAAGGAGACUCGACAGAUAUAUCGAUGAAGAAACUAACAAAAUUGAUAUGAAGACUAUAAACGAAUUGGAUCAAUCAGUUAGCGACCAACAGGCGACGCUCGAGAGGGCCGGCGUUCCUGGCUUUUAUGUGACCAACAAUCCGACCGAAAUACAGCUACAAAUGUAUAUUUUGGAUUUUAUUACCCGACUAUCGAUUGAACCGACCGACAAAUAUUAGAGUGAAUUAGUGAUAAUAAUAAUAAUAAUUUAAUUACAUUAGCUAUUAUCGUACAUAAACAUCACUGUAAUUGUUUAUAUAAUAUUUUUUAUAU